AUGAACCCUUACGCCUCGCCGGCGCGAGUUAAAAGAGGCACGAAAGAACGAGAACACCACAUCUACAAAGAGAAAGACGAAAAGAACUUCCGCUGCCGCGAAUUCUUUGAGACGGGUAGCGGUGGAGGCCCAGAGGUCUCGAGAUGUCAAAGAGCACCAAAAAGGAUCGUCGGCGGGGCCAGAUGCAUUGAAACCCAAGAAUACGACAUCGCUCAUAUUGCGCGCAUAUUGGAGGGAUUCGGCCAUGAGCUUGACCCCUGCGGCACAGAUCUCUACCCUCAGGUAGUCCACGUCGCCCUUCCUGUGCAGAUAUCCCCUUCCAACCAAAGUGAAACAUUCUGGACCACUGGGGAUCUCUUUGUAUUUCCGUCAGGGACGAUAGUCGCUUGGGAUAUCCCAGAUGCAACUUUGGAAAGUCUAGUAUCAGGCGCGCUCCGGCCUGCGGCUACAGCGCCUUUGAGCAAAGUCGAAGAAGAAGAUCUUGAGUACGUGGAAGACGCAAACAGAGAAAACAGCAGUAUCAAAGGCGAUCGCAUAGUACUUGGCACAAAGCCACAGCCUGCUCAAGCUCGUUCAGAUCUGCAAGCAGGUGAUGGCAAGAAUAACAAGGUUCCCACUUACAGCGAAGCCGUGAAUACAACUCCGAGCCGGACUCUUGACACUGUGCUUGCAAAGAUCGCCUUUUCAUCUGGACUGGCGAGAUCAACGAAGCUCGCUGUACUAGAAAGCUUGUUGAGCAACUACUUCGAGUCUACUAGAUCAAUCCCAGAGGUGCUUUCACGUGGUGGACGUCUGCCAUUCACGCGCAGUUUCAUCCUUCAAAAAACGGGACAGCUACUUAGCAUCCGAGCUCAAUUGAACCUCUACUCGGAACUAACAGAUUCCCUCCCAGACUUGUUUUGGGAUAGCCGGCACGAGCUAGGUCUUGAGGGCUACUACGACCAGGUGGGCAAGGCCCUCGACACCAAUAUCCGUAUCAAGGUCCUGAAUGAGAAAAUGGACUACGCGCAAGAAAUUGCAAGUGUUCUGAGGCAACAACUGAGCGAGAAGCAUGGGGUCAGACUUGAGUGGAUCAUCAUUCUGCUGAUUGCUGUUGAAGUGGUGUUUGCUAUCGACAAAGAAGUGAAGGAGUAUCGGGAGCGAUCGGUCCGAUAA